GCUACCCAUUUAAACCUAAUUAAAGCACACACACAUACCACACCUGUAAAUGUUCUACCGUAAAUAUCCACCGUCCUUUUGUCGGUUCAUUAGGGAAACGGUGUUGCUAUGAUGCUAUAAUUGGCAAUUUGAACCAUGAGCAACAAUGGAAACUCAAUGAAUGGGGAAACACCACAAGCUCUCCCCCGACAAGAAGGCCAAAGUUCUAGCAAUGGUGACAAGUCUCAUUCAAAACCCGAAGAGGAAAAAAUUAUUUAUGGAAAGAUCAGACGAAACACUGGAAACUCUAGCAAUGGUGACAAGUCUCCUCCAAAACCCGAAGAGGAACAAGAGGAAAAUAUUGUUUAUGGAAAGAUAAGACCUGACAAUGAAAACUCUAGCAAUGGUGACAAGUCUACAUCAAAACCCGAAGAGAAAGAAGAGGAAAAGAUAAUUUAUGGAAAGAUGAAACCUGAUAAUGCAAACUCUAGCAAUGGUGAUAAGGCUCCUUCAAAAGUCGAAGAGGAACAAGAGGAAAAGAUUGUUAAUGGAAAGAUAAAAACUGACAAUGAAAAGUAUGUAUAUGCAAGGUCUAGUAAUGAAGACAAGUUUACAUCAAAACCCGAAAAGAAAGAAGAGGAAAAAACUAUUUAUGGAAAGAUAAGACCUGACAAUGCAAAGUAUGAGGAAUGGGACUGUGCUAUUGAAAGUCCACCAAUCAGCUCCGAUGAGUCUAAUGAAUGUUGGAACAUUCUGUCAAAAAUAUGUGUUGCUCUGUUAUGUGGGGCAUUGUUCCUUGUAGUUUUGGUAUCCACAGGGUUAACAAGAAUUAUCAUCCACUUAAUGAUUUGGAAGUUGAACCCACCACAAAUCAACAACAGGUCACCAUUAAAUAGGCUAGGCGGUCUACUUCAACAAGAACAUUGCUCCAAUUUGGAAUAUUUACCUCCAGCUUGGAGGUAUCCUUAUAACAAUUUCUGUACGUUAUUGGAAGACACACCAUCAGUUAACGUGAGGUGGAUUUGGGGACUUGUUAUUGCUAUCGUGGUUCCAGACAUCUACACAUUUGUUCAUUCACUGUGGAGAGUCUGUUUCAAGGAAACUGAACGAUUUGACUGCGGAAUGUUCAUACUGAGUUUCUUUGUAGAGUUAUUUCACACAACAGGCCUUUGUCUUUUGGUGUUUUUAGUGCUACCUACAUUUGACCCUAUUUCUGCCUCAGUUUUUGCAAACCUCGUCAUCUCCGUUCCAGUAAUACUGAGUGUGGUCUGCAAAUUCAAAUUCAGUCCAAUUAUAUCGUUUAAAGGCAUUACGCGAGGAGGAAAAGUCGCCAAUGGACCUACAAAAACAAAUAUGUCUACAGGGGAAGAAAAUAAAACCGAAGGAAACAAAGUAAUUGACACAGCUUAUAAAAUAACGCAAAUUAUUGGUCUUCUUUUUCUGAUUUUCUCCUUUAGUUUUGCAUGUGUGUAUAUCUAUGAAAAGUCAGAUGAUGAAAAAAUCCUUACUGUUAUUCUGUUUGUAUUAUCUUUGGUAUUCGUUUCAUUCACUUUUUGGGAAAAUUUUUUACCACUAAAUUCUGAAACAGAACCAUCAGGGCAUGGAGAAGGAUCGAUUAACAGUGCCAAUGACUCAUGUACAACGAGACUUAAACAUUUACUUGCAAACUACAUCCAUUCUAAACGAGAAAAAGUUUCACUUAUACUCUCAAUAAUCAAAGUGGCGCAAACUAUAGGAUUCCCAUAUGCAAUUUUUGCAGCAAGGGCAGACAGUGACUCAAGUGCACUAGAUGUCGUGAAAGCCAUUUCCUUUCUCGGAUCUGCAAACGUCUCGACUUUGACAGGCGAGAUAAAUCUACAAUCCGGGUCUUAUAGUUCCUAUGGGUGUACAGGAAAUGAUUUGUAUCUGCUUUUUGUUACCUGCAAUUUUCUUGGUUUUAUAAGCUUCAAAAGUGCACGAUUUGCAUGUAGAGUUUAUCGACAACGUUUAUGCUUUGCUUUACCGCUUAUGCUGAGUAUGUUGGGCACACCUUUUUUUCUCAUACCCGUAUUGAAAUAUCCUCUGGACUGGACGGCACAAGACUGCAAUAUAGUCCAACCCUUGUGGAAGUUAGAAGGAACGUCCACAGAUGAAAUAUGGCUGCUGAUUGCUUCAGGAUGCACUGGAUUUGUUUCAUGCUGUCUACUGACUUUGUACAUCUGGACAAACAAUGGAUCCAAAUUAGUUAAAUGCGACAGAUUGUUUAGGAAACCCCCGUACAGUGGCCUAUUUCUGGAGUUGUCAUUGCUUCUAACAAGAUGUAAAAAUACGUCAGAACAAACAGCAGAGGAAAUUAAGGAGGAAGCAGUACAAUCGACAACUUUAGUAGAUGAUGAAUCGUGCUACUACUACCCAUUUGUUUAUUUCUGUGCAACCAUGUGGCAUGAAACUGAGACUGAAAUGACGCAAUUGUUGAAAUCAAUUUUCAAGGUUGACUAUGAUCAGUUUUUACAAAAGAAACACCAGGAAAAAAUCCAGAAGAAAAAGAAAGGAUACAUUAACGAGGACAUUUAUGAGUUUGAGGUUCAUAUCUUCUUUGACGACGCUUUUAAACCCCGCAAAGGGAAAAAAGGUAAAUUUAGAAAUGGCAGAGAUGUGAAUGAAUAUGUGAACACACUGGAGAUGGUGGUUCCAGACACAGCAAAGUCAGUCUAUGGUGGUUACGAAUUGGAUAAAGUAAAGCGUUAUGAGACGCCUUAUGGCUGCAGAUUUGAGUGGGAGCUUUUGACCUCUCAGAAAUUAGUGGUCCAUCUCAAAGACAAAACAAAAAUUAGGCAUCGCAAGCGAUGGAGUCAGGUAAUGUAUAUGUACUAUUUAUUAUCGUUCAAAAUGAACGAGCUCAAAGGGAAGAUGAUCAAUAAUGAGAGCUUGACGAAACAUAUGAAACGGUUCGCUGAAAAUACCUUUGUACUGGCGUUAGACGGUGACGUCGAUUUCAAUCCUGAGGCCGUUGCCCGUUUGAUUGAUCGGAUGAAAAAAGAUCCUUUGGUUGGUGCUGCUUGUGGUCGCAUACAUCCCAUAGGUUCCGGUCCAAUGGUUUGGUAUCAAAAGUUUGAAUAUGCUCUAAGUCACUGGCUUCAGAAGGCUGCAGAACAUAUUUUUGGGUGUGUGUUAUGUUCGCCUGGGUGUUUCAGUUUAUUUCGUGGUUCAGCAUUACUAGCGGACAACGUUAUGAAAACGUACACGAGGAUGCCGACAGAGGCAGUACAUCAUGUGCAGUACGACCAAGGCGAAGACCGAUGGCUAUGUACGUUGUUAUUGAAACAGAAAUACAGAGUAGAAUAUUGCGCAGCUUCCGAUGCAAUGACAUUUGCUCCUGAAGGGUUUUACGAGUUCUAUAAUCAGAGACGACGAUGGGCUCCAUCAACAAUGGCAAAUAUUCUAGAUUUAUUAUUGGAUGGAAACAAUGUCAGAAGAGUCAAUCAAAAUAUUUCAAGACCCUAUAUUUUUUACCACAUAUGUCUGUUUAUUUCUUCAAUACUGACUCCUGGCACAAUAUUUCUGUUGAUUCUGGGAGCAAUCACAACCGCUUUCCCAGAAAUAGAACCAUGGCUUGCUUUACUACUAAACGGACUGCCGGUCACUAUUUUCAUUAUAUCGAUUUACGCUGCCAAAGAAGAAACACAGCUUUUGUUUGCGGCAAUUUUUUCUACACUAUACAGCUUGGUCAUGAUAGUUGUUCUGAUAGGAUUGCUGAAAGAAGGCAUCGAGUCUCAAUUUUGUUCUGUAACGACAGUCUUCUUUUGUUUCGUGGCUGGUGUAUUUGUAAUUGCAGCGUUUUUACACCCAAAGGAAUUCAACUGUAUUUUGCAUGGAUUUCUUUAUUUUCUUGCUGUCCCAUCGAUGUCUAUGUUGCUGGUCUUCUACUCUGUCGGUAAUAUGCACAACGUUAAUUGGGGAACUCGUGAAAGCAAAACAGCAAACAAUGAUGAAUCCACUUCUCGUAAGGUGCAGAAAAGAUUUGAAGGACAAUCGUGCUCUCUGGGAGACUGGUGCAGAUGCAUUUUAUGUGUUAAUGAAAACGAGGAUAGCGACCCUGCUAAUUCAGCAGGAGAAAGGAACAUAGGACAAGACAAUCAGGGGGGAAAUGUUGAUAAUAAAGAUGAAGAACAUGAGAGCAAACCCAAAGCUGCACAGGGUCAGGAGAAGGAAAGUGAAACAGAAAAAUCAGUUAUAGCAAAGACCGACCCCAAAGUAACGGAAAGGAAAGGACAAAUAGGCACGCAGAAGCGUGGUAUAUUUAAAGAAUGCGAACCAAUUUCAAAGGAAGAAGAGGAAUUUUGGAAAAGUUUGAUAAAAAAAUACCUAAAACCUAUUGAAAUGAAUGACGAAAGUAAAACAAAAAUGCACAAAGAGUUGAUUGAUCUGAGAAACAAAGUGUUUUUCUUCUACUUUAUCACUAAUGCAAUCUUUGUAACGAUCGUCUACGUCCUUACACAAGUGAAUGCUUAUCAGAAAUCUCUUCAAAUACCUUUACCGUGCAGUGUCGGAGAAAUUCAAGGUAAAAUCGAACCAAUUUCAAUCGCAUUUACUCUGGUCUUUGGAAUUCUUCUUAUCAUCCAAUUUUUUGGAAUGCUUAUGCAUCGUGUAUCUACAAUUUCGCAUAUAAUAGCUACGACUAAACUCAUCGGAAGAAAAUUGGAUACAACGAAAAUUCCAUUGACAAAAUUCGAGAAGCCAACAGCACUCCAAGAAAAAGAAGACGAAAAACCCAAUAGAGCUGCCAGACGGGGAUGGAAAGUCGUUCAGGCUGGAGUUGGGCUUCGAAGUCUCUCUGGGGAAUAUAAACGGAAACUGCAAACGAUUACAAACCUCAAAGACUCCAUCAAGGAGUUACCAACUAUUACGGAGGACAAUGAAGAGAAUUCAGAGUUAAACAAGACUCUACGUUUGUAUCCUGAUACGGCUAUUACUACAAUGAGUAUUAGAGACAUACAGAGGUCUCCAACAGUUAACACAGAUCCAUGUUCCUCAAAUGGAUAGCUAUUUGGAAUAGAAGUGUAAAUGUUAUACAUAAUCUUCAUCAGCACUUUGGCACAUACUCUCGUUCCACUUUAUACAGUAAUGCAACUUUGUGUUAGAAACAUGAGUGUACUAUAUCAUAGUUAUUUUACGUAAUGAUUGUCAAGGCAAACGACCAGGAUUUUUUAGGAGGGGUGAGUGUGUGUGUUACUUAGAAUUUCUAGUUGUUUGCAACAAUGAAUGUUCAUGACUCCCAGUCCAAGCCUUGAUACCACACACUAAAAUCUAUGGACAAUAUAUUGUUGAUUUUAUGCAUUAUCAUGGCAACCAUUCAAACAUUACUGCAAAUUUAAAAAGUACCAAUUUCAAUUAGUAUCCAUAAUUACAUAUAAUUAUUUUGAUUAAGAAUUACGACGGCCAUUAGUUUCAUUGUAUGCGGGACUUAAUGAUAGUACAUAAGAUAAUUUUUCUAACAAUACCAUCCUCUGAAGAAACUUCUAGAACGACCUUAAGAUAUCGCGGAAGAUCUUUAUCUUUUAAAAAAAAUCGGGCAGAAGGUUUAUGUCGAUUGUUACCUUUGAAACAGUUGAACAAAAAUUGACAUUUAUGAUUAAAUCAUACGAUGAUAAGUUGAGAUGGUUUCUAUUAUAUCGAUUACUGUACAAAUGUAAAUGUAUGUACUUGUUCUAAGGAAUAGUCACUGUUACUGUUUCCGGCAACAACAAUGUUAACAUCCUCAAUCUAUUCCCUGUUGCCAUCUCUGUCAAAUAUGCAACCAUACUCAGAUGUGACCACAAAUUCAUAUCAUUUUGUUUGUAUCUAUGUCUCUUCAUCUUUGAUUUAUCAAGAAAGAUUCAUUUAUGGUGUUGCAAAAUGUUAAAAUUGAGAUUCAAUAUAGCUCCCAAAACAUCACUUUCCGAGAUGUUCGAUCUGUUACUACGACAACUGAAGUAACUGGCAAAGAGUCGUAGUAAAAGUUCCUUCCUAGCAUCAAUUGGUUUUAGUAUAUUCAGGUUGAAGAAAAUACUUAACCAUGCGUGACUAAAGCGAAAACGACCAGUUUUAUGGAUUAUGAUAUAUAAGAAAACAAUGAGAUAUUUUUUUCUGUUAGUGAAAUCAAUUGUUUUUAUUUUUAGAAUUGUUUUAGCAGGACAUAUGAGAGUGCUUUAUUUUUAUGUCUGGAAAAUUUUCGCUUUAUCACUUUAACCAAGACAUGUGCUGGUUUCCAUAGUUUUACGUCCCAUUGGAGAUAAUUUUCACUACUCUAAAGAUGUCUAUUGCAUGAGGUGAAGCGCCACAAAUUUUGUCAUAUGCAGAGUGUAUUCAGCCAUAGCAGCGAGGAUUCUCUAUCUUGCGAAAACCUACCAUGACAUUCCGUUUUUAAUGGCAUGCUCUAUAGCGGUUUUUUGACGGGUAUAUCAGUUUGACGAUUUCCAAAGACUCACCAAAAUUAAAAUCGCUUAAUAUACAUAUACAUUUUAUAAAUAAAAAUGAGUUCCCCAAAAUUUUAUCCACUAACUCUAAUGGUAUACCUUGGGUCUACAAGUUUUGCCAGAUUUGUGUUCGCCAAAGAAAUAACCCCGGUUAUAUGGCAUGUGAAAGACCCGUGACUUAAGAUACAAUCGGCUUAAACAAUACAUAUUUUAUUCAUUACUCAUAUACAUGUAUACUUUCAAAAUUAUGAAGCAUAGCUAUGAGAAAAAGGAACAAUUACUACCUAUGUAAAACGUUUCUGUCUUGACGCGCAAUUGGGAUUGGAAAUCGAACUCGGGUUAGGGUCCCGCGACUGGUAAAAAUGCAUAUUUUACCGAAUGUACAUGAUAAGAAAUUUAAAAGUCAAAUCAUAUAAACUAAAUAAUAUUAUUCAAGCUGGUAAUGACAUGAGAUUCGUCACUAAAUUAUUUGAAGAAUAUUUUGUGUACAUCUAAAUUCUACUGGCUGUCUAUGUUAGCUUAACUUCAUUUUUAUGCUAUUUUUCUCACUUUUCCUCGACAAUCGUUGUGACUAUACAACGAUAAAAUUUCAAACAAUUUGUUAUUUGUUUUUGUGAUGACUGCAAAUUUAAAUAAAAUGUGUUUUAUUCUU